AUGGCUAAUAAAGAGAGGGAGAAUUUCUAUAGAGGAUCUACACUUAUAGUAGAUAACACCAAGACAUCAUUUGUGGAUCUUCUACAACUCCAUUUAUUGACCGGUCCGUUGAUAGAUCUUCAGUCAUGGAAGGUUAUGUUUAACCUCCCCGAGUUACCCUGUCCACUUCAUCGAAUUGUCCCAAGUGAUUUGGUUUGCACCGUAUCAGCGUCUCGUGUUAUUGAUGUAAGAAACCUUCGCGAUCAACUAACCAAAGUUCUUAUAGAGCAGUGUUGUCCACUCAGACAAACAAUCGAAAAACUAAUCCUCAUCAGAAAUAAGGUCCAAGGGCAUGCAAGUGAUGGAAGAAUAUCAGAAGCUGAUUACGGAGGAUAUGAAGUGGACAUUACAUUAGGAAUUAUGGAAAUUGCCAAAGUUUGUAAAAAUGAAGCCGCGACCAAACAGUCUCUUUCAGACGUAAACAAACGUUCACUGGAUGAAACCUUAUGUAUUCAGUACCAGAAUAUGUUGUUGGAGCAGAUCCAGAAGGAAAAACGAUUAGAAGAGAAAAUAGACGACAUUGCAGUGCAAAUACCAACACAGAUAGAACUAUCUCUCAACAAUGCCUUACGUAAUACCAUACCAGACAUUGUGGAACAAUCUGUGCAAUCAGCACUAAAAAAGAUAUAUGACCCAAAUUCAAAGCUGACAAUUGACAAACAGAGAAGUAAAUCAAAACUUUUAGAAGAUACAUUAACAUUGAUUAAGUGUCACUCAUCAGAAGACACAUUUGUUGAAACAAAUGUAAUAGCCAUUGCCCUGAAUUCGCUAGAGGAUAAAGGCGUAAUAGUGCUCACUGGAACAGCUGGAACUGGUAAAUCCCGUAAUAGUUUAGAAAUACUACGUAAGUUUUCGGCUGCUCAUGACGGGUACUGUGGAAUUAAAUUAAAUAACAUUUCCGAAUGGAUUGAAAUUAUCAAUGACAAAGAUUGUUUAAUUGUAUUACUUGAUGAUGUAUUUGGAAGGACUAAUUGCAUUUUCAAUGCAGAAGAAGAAACGGUUUUUGAUAGUAUAUACUCGAUGGUUGCAAAAGGUUGUGUAAAGGUUAUAUGUACAAUGCGAAACACAAUUCAAUCGGACAACCAAGUUUCUGAUAUCAUAGAUAGGAAUCGAAUAUUUAAACAGUCGAGAUUUAUUGAUUUAAGUUUGGUAGAACAUAAUUUAAACAGGGAACAAAGGAGGGAAUGUCUGAUAAAAUACUGUAAGCUGUAUAAUAUAUGUGUAUCAAACACAAAACAAUUCUAUGCUGACAAAGAAGUUGUAGAUCCGUCGGUGCCUAUCUAUCUAAGGGAACAUGACAUAUAUGAAAUAUCUAACAUAGAUAUUAACCCGCUGAUGGGUUAUCCUGAAUCAUGCUUCCUUUUUGCGUCAAAUAAAAAAUUUGCUCGUCUAGGCGUAGGAUUUUUCAAACACCCUACAAAAUCACUUUGUAAUGAGUUAGAAAGCCUUCGACAUGUUGGAAAUAGUAAUCAAAAGGAAGCUUUGCAGUACACUAUUUUAGUAUAUAUGGCCUUAAACGAAGACUGUUUAGACCUUCGUGACAUAAACAUACAAAAAUUUAACAAGGUACACGAAUUAUUAUAUCAUAAAAAGGAAUUUACUACAAAAUAUAUUCGCCGUGGAUUAGGACAGCUGACCAUGAGGUAUCUAAGGAUAAAUCCUAAUGGUACAUAUUCAUUCCAACAUCGUAGUAUAUUUGAAGGAGUUCUGUUGUCUUAUAAUGAUAUAGAUACCGAAUCGUUAAUACCUUUAUUUCAUAUCGAUUUUAUCUUGGAAAUGUGUAGGCUUGAUACAUUCAGUCUACCAUCUGGAGUGGAAAAAGAAGUAACCAUGUUAUUUGAUAAAGGCAUGUAUAAAAUGUUGGCCAAAAAAAUUAUCACUGAAUUAAGGAAAAACGAUUCAAAAGAAUCAUUCAUGGCAAAACUCUGCUCAUCUAGAAUUAUACGAAAUGCAGACGAAUAUUUCAUUGAAGAGCUUUACAAAGAAUAUGAAUUAACCAAAUGCGCCAUUUCCUGUACAGUAAGUUAUUUGGAUUUGGACGAAGAGCAUGAAAGAUACGCAUUUAAAUAUGAUCACAUUUACACUCCAUCUAAGCGGACAUCCGUAUCAUUUCUUACACUAUUGUUUAAAUAUUCGAUAAAAUAUAUAGACAAUGAUGAUGCAAUGCGCCAUAUUCUUAAAUUAAUGCAACAUGGUGUGGUUGUACAGAAAAAUAUUUACAUAAACAAAAGUCACGAAAUUUGUUUUACUGAAGCUAUGUUACAAUCAUGUGCAUACUUUAAUAAGCCAAGAUUAAACAUGUUAUGGGCUUUCAUGUUGAGGAACAUGGUACGAUUUGAUAGAGAAACGAUACUUCAUUUUAGGUUUGGUUCCAAUAGAAAAAUGAAAGUUUUAGCUUUAAAACUGUUAUCGUCUACUGUGGGAACAUCUCGGCUGAUUAACAGCAACGAUAUAUUUGCAAAGGCUAUUGAAAUUAAUAACACGGAUUUAAUUAAAACCAUUUUUAGACAACAAGACACUUCGAAAAUCGACAUUCCGUUAGCUUUGUACAAUGCAUGUGCAUAUGGAGCCGUAUCCAUUGUUCAGUGGUUUAUCAGAAACUUUCAAACAGAAGAAUUUGACAUUGAAAAGGCGCUUCUUGUAUCAUCCCAGGGUUUCAUCGAUCAUCCCGUUGCAAGUAGAUCAUAUUAUUAUGGUAGGACAAGUGACACUCGAAAUGUAGUUAUAUUUUUGUUGCAGAAUUUUAGGGCUAAAAUAAACAAUUUAGACACUGUAAUGGACAUAGCAUUGUCUCUUUCUCGGUUUAAUAUAUGCAAAAUUUUGAUGGAACAAACAUCAGAUUAUUUUGAUGCGAAAGCAAUAUUGAAACAAAUAUCACAUAAUGAACAAUGUUAUACAAGUAGUCAAUGUUGGACAUUUGUUAAGUAUCUUGUAUCCGUGUAUUCAUGUUUAAAUGUAGAUGUUCUAUUGGAAAUGGCUAAACAUAAUAAGAAUUUUGAAAUGGUCAGGUGGAUUAUGAGUAUAUCAGAUAAUGAAAUAUUUUAUAUUGCAUGGAAAAAACACAAGUGGAUACACAGAGAAAUUUGUGCAUUGCAAUUAAUACAUGAUAGUGAAUUUUACAAGACUUUAGAUGAAACUUCAAUAAUAAAUGAAGAGUUAAGAUACGGAAGCAAUACAUGCCUACAGUUUUUGUUCGACAAUUACGAUGUGAGUAGAGCUGAACAUAUAAUCGUUGAAAGGGUAUGCGCAUAUGGUGACACGAAUCUAUUGCAGACGAUAUUUAGAAUUUUCAGCAAAUUACCCAUAAACCACGCCAUGAACAUCGCAGUUAGAAAAAAGAAUUUAGAAGUAGUUCAAUGGCUAUGUUCAAACUUUGAUAUUAAACUACUGAAUUUUGAAUCUAUAAUAAAAGAAGCGAUUUCUGUUGAUGCAAUCUCAAUAGUAAGAUACUUCACCGAGAUAAUAGAUAGAAGAUAUUUCCAUUCAAAGGACAUUCUUUUGGCUAUUGAUCGCUAUACAAUAUCUUCUUAUUUUAAACGAACAUUAAAUAAAGAAGAUGACCGUAUAAUCAUAUUCAAAUGGUUCCUUGAAGAUACGAACAAUAGAUAUAGAAUAAAUGAUAUCUUGAAGUUGACUCGUAUGAAAAACAAGAAAUAUACGCAAAUAAUAUUUCAGAAUUGCAAUACCGAGUUUUUACAUUUAAAUAUAGCUUUAACAGCUGUAAUAAGGUCAAAAGACUUUGAUUCACUCAAGUUUUUGUUAGACAAUUAUGACGUUACCGCCUUUGAUAUGCAUUUGAUCAUGAAACAUAUCUGGACAUCAUUUGACGACAAAAGUCAUGCUGAUGAAAGAACGAAGUGGUUGCUAGGAAAAUUUGAUCCAAUUUUGUUUGAUAUAACAUACAUAGUAAAAAUGGCAUGUCACAAUGACAAUUUGUCAUUUUUUCAGUGGUUGUAUCGCUCAUAUGGAUUAGCAAAUCUAUCAUUGGAAACAUUAGUUAAACAUGCAUGCGAACAUGGUGCUAUUCGCAUACUUCAAUGGAUAACUGAAAGGAUCUCGCAUGCAAUAGACCAUAGAAAAGUUUUACAUGACGCUGUUUAUUUACCUAAGUCAACUGUUAUAUUCUUUAUUCAAAAUUUUGGACUAGAUAAAUCUGACAUUGAAAAGAUAUGCACACUACAAUGGGGAGACAAGAAACGUCGCUUAGAGUUUAAAUUAUGCAUUUUUGAAACAUAUGGACUUGAUUUAAUCGACGUGAAAUCAGUUUUUAAUAGUGUUUGUCUAUUCAGUUCAGUGCAGGAAGUCAAGUGGUUUAUUAGCAAAGUUGACAAAAGUCUUCUUGAUUUCCAUUCAGCCAUUAAGGAAGCACUGCGAGGAAACAGUGAUGAAACGUUUACGAUUUUAUUUGAAUUCAUAAAUAAGGAUGACAAACACGAAGUCGAUUUGAUUUUUAUUGAAGCCUGCCGCUUUGGUAAUUUGCUACCUGUAACAUUACUUCAUGACAAGUACGGUGUAUAUCUUAGCAUAUCUGUAGCAAUCCAUGAACUUUGUCAAAACAAGAGUUUAACACAGAAGCAUUUUGAUGUCAUUAAAUUUCUUAAUAAGUUUUCUUCACCAAGUAUCCUCGACUGCCAAAGACUAAUGAACUGGGCAUGUAAAGCUCACGACAUAAAGAUUAUUGAGUGGUUGUUAGACUUCUUUGACCCUGAUAUUUUUGAAAUAUGUUCAUCAAUAUAUCAUGCAUUUGACACCUAUUUCACAACAACCGAUAUAAAACUAUAUUGCAUAGCUAUAACAUUGAUGCUCGUACAUAGAUGUCAAUGGGUUUCGUCGGAAAUACAAGCUGUAAUGGAAACAGUAUGCCAAAAAGAAAUUAUAUUGUUAAUGGCAAUGUUAGUCAGAGACUUUGGUUCGGGUUCGUUUGACUUUCAGAGAAUCGUCAGCAUUUUAUUGAAUCCAAUGAAAAAGGACAUGUUUUUAUUCGCCUUAUCCAAAUCUUAUACCAUGAAUAUUGAUCUGCAGAACGUAUUUGUAAGUGCUUGUCAAAAUAGCGAAUUUGAAAUAAUAGGGUUAAUUAUAUUCCUCAUAAUGGAUUUUGGACUAGAUAAUGUUGAUAUUCAAAGUUCAAUACAUGCUAUCUUGGAAAUUCCUAAUAGACAAGAUUUUGCAAAUAAAAUUAUCAAAUUGUUGCUACAGUGUCAAGAAUAUAAUUACAGCAAAUCAAUCAACAUUAUGUCAGUCAUAAAAAAGAGCUAUGCGUCUUGUUCCAAAAGCAGUAUAUCGAAGACCAAUGAUUUAGUUAUAUGGAUUCUGAGAAGUUGCAGACAUGCCUUGAUAGAUAUGCCAGAGACUAUGCUUGAAAUAUGUAAAAAUGGGGAUAUUGAGAGCAUGAAUUUCUUGCUGCAUACAUGCGACUACGGAAAUCUUAUCAAUGCAUCGUGUAUUCAAACUACAUUUGCCAGUGGGUCAAUUGAAUUGAUAGAAAUGAUGAUAAAAGAUUUUCCUGACAUACAUUUUAACAAAAAGGUCGCUAUGAAUAAAGCUUCAUCAAGAGGAGAUAUUUCAGUCGUGAUUUGGCUAUUUUAUAAAUAUUCUAUCAAGCCGAAUCGGUUUCCAUUCUUGGAACCUAGCUUAGAUGUGGAACUAGCCCGAUCUACUUUCGACUUGAAUGCCGCUAUGCAGAAUGCCUGUAAAAAUGGUAACACAGAUGUCGUACAAUGGCUACUUCAACUUUAUUAUUAUGAAACGUUUCACAUGAAAUUAACUCUAAUUGAAACAAGUGCGAGUGGAAACGCUGAUUUAGUACAAUGGAUGCUAGCAGUAUAUGAUAACGACAUUUUCGAUAUUGAGACUUCUUUUAAUACUGCCUGUAAACAUGGAAAAAUUAGAGUCCUUGAAUUCUUAAUUGAAAAAUUUGGCAAACCUGCUUUUGAUAUAGAUGCUGUAACUACAGAAGCAUGCGGAAGCGGAAACAUUGUGAUCGUAGAAUGGAUUCAUAAAACAUUUGAUCGCAAAUUAUAUAAUAUAAAAUCUGCCAUGUUGAUGGCAUGCGUAAAUAACAGAAGUAAGGUUGUUCGUUGGAUACUUAAGACAUUUGACCAUAGUUACUUUAAUAUGCAAAUGGCGACAAUCGUUGCCAAUGAGUGGGGUAGAAUUGAACUUUUUUAAAAACCCAAAUGUUCAUACAUUUUAAAGUACAUGUAAAUGACACACAAAUGUGUUUAUUAACGUUCAAAAACGAUAUCAUAACAUAGAAGAGACCAUUACGUUUGGUACAAACGUUCUGUUAGUGCAAUAAAAUGGAUAAACCGACAGUAUGUCAAACUGUAUAAUUUACUUACAUUGCAAUCAAAAUAAAUAUCAUUUCG